AUGCGGAAGGCGGGGCUGUUGCUGGCCUGCCGCGCCCGGGCGUGGAGAUCGGUGCGGAUGGCCAGCUCCGGGAUGGCCCGCCGGGACCCGCUCGCCAAUAAGGUGGCUCUAGUGACGGCCUCCACCGACGGGAUCGGCUUCGCCAUCGCCCGGCGUCUGGCCCGGGACGGGGCCCACGUCGUUAUCAGCAGCCGGAAGCAGCAGAACGUGGACCGGGCAGUGGCCGCGCUGCAGGGGGAGGGGCUGAGCGUGACGGGCACCGUGUGCCACGUGGGGAAGGCCGAGGACCGGGAGCGGCUGGUGGCCACGGCUGUGAACCUUCACGGGGGCAUUGACAUCCUGGUCUCCAAUGCCGCCGUCAACCCUUUCUUUGGAAACCUAAUGGAUGUCACGGAGGAGGUGUGGGACAAGAUUCUGGACAUUAAUGUGAAGGCUACAGCCCUCAUGACAAAGGCAGUGGUGCCAGAGAUGGAGAAACGAGGGGGCGGCUCAGUGGUGAUUGUGGCCUCCAUAGGAGCCUACCUUCCGUUUCCUGGCCUGGGCCCCUACAAUGUUAGUAAAACUGCCUUGCUUGGCCUCACCAAGAACCUGGCCAGAGAGCUGGACCAAAGGAACAUUAGGGUGAACUGCCUGGCACCGGGACUCAUUAAGACUAGCUUCAGCCACGUGUUGUGGAUGGACAAGGCAAGGGAGGAGAGCAUAAAAGAAACCAUGCAGAUAAGAAGGAUAGGCAAGCCGGAUGACUGUGCAGGCAUCGUGUCCUUCCUGUGCUCUGAAGACGCCAGUUACAUCACUGGGGAGACAGUGGUAGUGGGUGGAGGGACCCCAUCCCGCCUCUGAGGACCUGGAGAGACCUCACCAGGGCAGAGAUUGGGCUCCAGCUCCUGCACUCUUCGACUAGCCUUUCCAAACUCUGCCUAAUAUACUGCUUACCUUAUACCCCAC